GACGACGAGGACGAAGAAGAAGUAGCCUAUCCAUCUCACAUUUAGAUUUCAUGGGAUGGGUAGUUGAAGCUGCCACAAGUAUGACCUCCCGUCUGGUCCUGGCCAUCGGCGACCUCUUCGUCCCUGACCGCACUCCGGAUAUUCCAGCAAAGUUCAAAAAACUCCUCACUCCCGGUAAAAUCGGCCAAAUCCUCUGUCUCGGCAACCUCACGGACCGCGACACCUUCGAAUUCCUCCGCCAAAUCGCCCCAGACCUCCAACUGGUCAAGGGCGACUUCGAUGUCGACUCGCCCAAUCUCCCUCUCUCCAAAGUCGUUACCCAUGGCAGCCUGCGUAUCGGCUUUACCCAUGGCCAUACCAUCAUACCGCCUGGCGAUGCUGACUCCCUGCUCAUAGCCGCACGGCAGAUGGACGUUGAUGUGCUGUUAUGGGGUGGCACGCAUAAAUUCGAAGCGUAUGAGCUGGAAGGAAGAUUCUUUAUCAACCCAGGCAGUGCCACAGGAGCUUUCACGACGCUGGGUGGGCUGGAGGAAGAGCAGACUCCCAGUUUCUGUCUAAUGGAUGUACAAGGUGAUGUGCUCGUUCUAUACGUCUAUCAGCUGCGUAAGGAUGAACAGGGUGCGGAAACUGUCUCCGUUGAGAAAGUCUCGUUUCGUAAACAACAGACACCGCCUACUGCUUCAUGAUAACGCCGAAAAACAUUGUCGAUUGCCUUUUCAUCGCUUUUACCGACUAUUAAUUUAUUUUCCUAUUUUUCCCCCUCACUCUCACCUGUUACCUCUCUGAAUUGGUUUUUAUAUUUAUCUCUAUGAUUUUAAUCUCAAUUUUGCAUGGUGUACAUAUCCGAGCCGUGCCGGAAAUGAGAAAAUAUUCCCGCUCUCAUUUUGCUGAUAAUUGUCAUGCAUACGAGCCCAGAUACAACUUUUUCAGUUAC